AUGAGGGGAAUAACCAUCGUGAUCCUGUGCUGCACUUUGCAGUAUGCCGCAGCUAACUUCAACAGAGACACUAUCGAUUUCGAUGCAAUAGAGAGACAAAUGCAAAGCGAUGCUACCGUAAAAAGUGACAAAUUUUUCAUAGAGGACGGAAAAGAAUAUGAGGAAUUUAUACUCGAAAAAAAAGUUAACGUCACAGGAAAACAUCAUUUCAAGCCUGGUACGACAAGGACCUUUACUAUUGUGACAAACAAGGAUGGGUCAGAGUCUAUAAUUGAGAAGGAAACGAUUUUAAUUGAUGACGCUUUAGAGUCCUCGUCAUCAUCGGCAUCAGCGUCAGCAUCAUCUUCAGCAAGUGCACGUUCCGCACACAGUCAAGGAGUUAAACAAGGCUAUAGCGCUAGUAGCUCAGCGAUCAGCACAGCAUCCGAAGCAGCAGGUGUCAGACAACAGAAUGACGUCACUGGUGCAGCAGCAUCAGGAGUUGCUGGAGCAACCGGCGGCUCAAGGUCUCAAUACGAAGAUAUAUACGAUGUAGGAGGAUAUCAUCCAGAAGCAGGUGCAGACAGUUCAGCUGCAGGAGCAGCAGCAACAUCAUCAGCGUCAGCGUCAUGGCCUAUUCGUAAUACACGGCCUACGGUCAUUGUAAUAGAAGAUGGGUCCUCUGAAACUUCUUCAUCAACCUCUACCAGUUCUUCCGGUGUUGCAAGUGCUGCUGCUGGAACCGCAGCUACAGGCGGAUGGGGCUUGAGAGGUAACAAGAAUUGUCGUCUCUCCCGCCGACAAUUGUUUGUAAAGAUAGGUACGCGUCGUCAGCCAUGCACGACAUGCUAA